CUGGCCCGGGGGCUUUGCGUUGCUGUGUCCGCUCUCCCUCGCCGGGACAGUCGAGGGCUGCCGGAGGAUAUUAGCCGCUAGGUGCCCGGCGCUGCGGGCAGCCCGUCCUGCCCGUCGUGUGCCCGGGAUCGCGCCGGCCCGCUCUCCCCGGAGGUUGGUUCAGAGGCAGAUCUUUGCCAUGGGGCCAGCGGCUGUUCUCUUCCUCCUCCUUAUGCUCAGUGUCUCUGAGGCCAAGCGGGCGGCAGAGUCAAGGGGAGAUGACAACAGCGUGUUUGAUCUCUUUGAACUCAUCGGCUUUAUUCGCAAGGGAGCUGGGCGCCGGGCACCAGGAGUGCACCUGGUAAAGGGACCAGAGUCUUCCAGCCCUGCUUACCGUAUUGAAGAUGCCAGUCGCAUCCCAGCUGUCCCUGACGACAAGUUCCAAGACUUAUUAGAUGCCAUCCAUGCUGAGAAGGGCUUCAUCCUUCUGGCCACUCUCCGGCAAGCCAAGAAGAGUAGAGGCACACUGCUGGCUGUGGAACAGAAAGAUGGCUCUGGUCAUGUCUUCAGUCUGGUAUCCAAUGGCAAGGCAGGCACCCUGGACCUGAGCCUUUCUGGUGAUGGCAAGCAACAGCUAGUGUCAGUAGAGGAUGCCUUGCUAGCUACAGGACACUGGAAGAAUAUCACCCUGUUUGUGCAGGAGGACCGGGCUCAGCUCUAUGUGGGGUGUGAGAAGAUGGAGAAUGCUGAACUCGACAUCCCCAUCCAGAACAUCUUCACUAGGGAUCUGGCCAGCAGUGCCAGGCUCCGUAUUGCCAAAGGAGGAGUCAACGACAACUUCCAGGGACUGCUGCAGAAUGUGCGGUUUGUGUUUGGAACAACUCUGGAAACUAUUCUGAGGAACAAAGGCUGCUCCAGCUCCACUAGUGCAAUCAUUACAUUGGACAACCCUAUCAAUGGCUCAAGCCCAGCUAUCCGCACUAAUUACAUUGGUCAUAAAACAAAGGACAUCCAAGCAGUCUGUGGUUUUUCCUGUGAUGAACUAACAAACAUGUUCGUGGAACUGCAAGGGCUACGGUCCAUGGUUACAACACUUCAAGACAGAGUGCGCAAAGUGACUGAGGAAAAUGAACUGAUUGCUAAAGUGGUCCAGAUUACUCCUGGAGUAUGCAUUCACAAUGGAAUCUUCCACAAAAAUAAAGAAGAGUGGACUAUUGACAGCUGCACCGAAUGUACUUGCCAGAACUCUGCCACUAUAUGCCAGAAGGUGUCAUGCCCUCUAAUGCCUUGUUCCAAUGCCACUGUUCCUGAUGGGGAGUGCUGCCCUCGAUGCUGGCCUAGCGACUACGCUGAUGAUGGAUGGUCUCCUUGGUCUGAAUGGACAUCGUGUUCUGUGACUUGUGGGAAUGGGAUUCAACAGAGAGGGCGCUCCUGUGACAGUCUCAAUAACCGCUGUGAAGGAUCUUCUGUACAGACUCGGACUUGCCACCUUCAGGAGUGCGAUAAGAGGUUUAAACAGGAUGGUGGCUGGAGCCACUGGUCACCAUGGUCAUCAUGUUCUGUCACUUGUGGCACGGGUGUGAUCACUAGAAUUCGUCUCUGCAACUCUCCAGUACCACAGCUGAAUGGCAAACCUUGUGAGGGUGAGGCAAGAGAAACCAAAUCCUGCCAGAAAGAUCCUUGCCCAAUUAAUGGCAACUGGGGACAGUGGUCUCCAUGGGAUGCUUGCACAGUCACAUGUGGUGGAGGACUUCAAAAACGUAGUCGUCUCUGCAAUAAUCCUGAGCCUCAGUAUGGCGGGAAGACUUGCGUGGGUGAGGCUAAAGGGACUCAGGUCUGCAACAAACAGGACUGCCCAGUUGAUGGGUGUCUGUCUAAUCCCUGCUUUGCGGGAACUACAUGUACCAGCUUCCCUGAUGGCUCCUGGAAGUGUGGUGCCUGUCCUGCUGGCUACCACGGUGAUGGUGUCCACUGCCAAGAUAUUGAUGAGUGUAAAGAGGUUCCUGAUGCCUGCUUUGUCUUCAAUGGAGUGCACAGGUGUGAGAAUACUGAACCUGGGUACAACUGUCUGCCUUGUCCACCACGUUUCACGGGGACGCAGCCAUUUGGCCGCAGCGUUGAGGAUGCCAUGGCUAACAAACAGGUCUGCAAGCCACGUAAUCCAUGCACAGAUGGAACACAUGAUUGCAACAAGAAUGCCAAAUGCAAUUACCUUGGCCACUUCAGCGACCCUAUGUAUCGCUGUGAAUGUAAACCAGGCUAUGCUGGCAAUGGCAUAAUCUGUGGAGAAGACACUGACUUGGAUGGAUGGCCAAAUGAGAACCUUGUCUGUGUUGCCAAUGCCACUUACCACUGUAAAAAAGACAACUGUCCCAAUCUGCCAAAUUCUGGGCAGGAAGACUACGAUAAGGAUGGGAUUGGUGAUGCCUGUGACAAUGAUGAUGAUAAUGACAGUAUUCCUGAUGAUCGGGACAACUGUCCAUUCAUCUACAACCCACAGCAGUAUGACUAUGACAAGGAUGACGUUGGUGACCGCUGUGAUAACUGCCCCUACAAUCACAACCCUGAUCAGACUGACACUGACAACAAUGGAGAAGGAGAUGCAUGUGCAGUAGAUAUUGAUGGAGAUGGUGUCCUUAAUGAAAUGGACAACUGCCAGUAUGUCUACAAUGUAGACCAGAGGGAUACAGACUUGGAUGGUGUUGGAGAUCAGUGUGAUAACUGUCCACUAGAACACAAUCCUGACCAGGAGGAUACUGACUCUGACCGCAUAGGUGACGAAUGUGACAACAACCAGGACAUAGAUGAAGAUGGUCAUCAAAAUAACCUUGAUAACUGCCCCUAUGUGCCCAAUGCUAAUCAAGCUGACCAUGAUAAGGAUGGAAAAGGUGAUGCCUGUGACCAUGAUGAUGACAAUGAUGGUAUCCCUGAUGACAAAGAUAACUGCCGACUGGUUGCCAACCCAGAUCAAGCUGAUUCUGAUGGUGAUGGACGUGGAGAUGCUUGCAAAGAUGACUUUGACCAAGACAGCGUGCCAGAUAUUGAUGACAUCUGCCCUGAAAAUGUGGACAUUAGUGAGACUGACUUCCGACGAUUUCAGAUGAUUCCCCUGGAUCCCAAGGGAACAUCCCAAAAUGAUCCCAACUGGGUGGUUCGUCACCAGGGUAAAGAACUGGUUCAGACAGUCAACUGUGAUCCUGGACUUGCUGUGGGUUUUGAUGAAUUCAAUGCUGUGGACUUCAGUGGCACGUUCUUCAUCAACACAGAAAGGGAUGAUGAUUAUGCUGGCUUUGUAUUUGGCUACCAAUCGAGCAGUCGUUUCUACGUUGUCAUGUGGAAGCAGAUCACCCAGUCUUACUGGGACUCCACACCAACAAAAGCUCAAGGCUACUCAGGUCUCUCCAUCAAAGUUGUGAAUUCCACCACAGGUCCAGGAGAACAUCUUCGUAAUGCUCUAUGGCACACAGGAAACACCCCUGGCCAGGUGAGAACUCUGUGGCAUGACCCUCGUCACAUAGGCUGGAAAGACUUCACAGCAUACAGAUGGCGUCUGAGCCAUAGACCAAAGACUGGCUACAUCAGAGUUGUAAUGUAUGAAGGGAAGAAAAUCAUGGCAGACUCGGGACCAAUCUAUGAUAAAACCUAUGCUGGUGGUCGACUAGGAUUAUUUGUCUUCUCUCAAGAAAUGGUGUUCUUCUCGGAUCUUAAAUAUGAAUGCAGAGGUAACGAGGACACUUUGUUGAUGUGAUUUAACUUAGCUGAUCCUUGGCCUGCAUUUAAAAUAAGCAACCCCCCUCCCCCAAAAAACCUUUGUUUUGAUCUGUCCUACUUUGUCUUUAGAGAAGCUCUCUCAAAAGAGUUAAAUGUCAUUUUGUGGAAUAGCUUUGUGAUCUUUCAUGACUUUAUGCCUGCAGAACUUGCUUAAAAUCAAGUGGAUGCCUUUUUGAUAAACUCUGCAUUGUUAGAAGUUUGUAUAAAAUCUUAAGUAUGUUUCUUUGAAACAGCAGAAAAAGAAUAGGAAUCCAUGUUAAGAUACAUUUCUCUUCUGGAACUGGAAUUACUUAAAAACAUUUAUCAGAAUGAAUCAACACAGAUGACAAAGUCCAAGAUGAAAAUGCAGAAUUUCGACUUUAGUUUAAAAAAGUCAUAUCUGAUAUGCAAAUAAACUGUAAUUUGCUUACCACCAAGCAAAUCAGAAGGCUGUGCAUGCAUUGCACUCUUGCAUUUCAGAGGUGAUAUGUGCAUAUCAGGAGAUCCAGGUGCUCUAGUUUUCCAUAUAUUGUGACUUUAUAUAACCAUUCAUAAUGAAGUAGAUUCUGAAGUUUAAGUACAUAAGCACUUUCAGUAUCAUUUACCAAAAUGUUCUUUACAAAUGUCUUUGGGUAUUAAUCUCUAGAAACAAUCAUGCUUAACAACACAGAAAUAUUUAGAUAUCUAACUUCCUUUUUCUUUUCACAGACCCAUAAUCACAAGGUUAUUGGAUCCAGAGACUAUUAAAAAAUGCUGGUAUUGCACCUUCUGAAACAUUUAGCCUUACAAAUCCUGGGACCAUUAUAUUAUUCCUUCCUUUCUUCUUUUUGCAUAAAUGUGGACUCAAAACACAUGACCUGCCUCAAGAGAAUGCUUUUGAGAGAAUGAAAGCAAGAACAUACUUGGUAUCUGACUUCUGCUGGAAUGGAAGGAAACAAAUCUCUUGCAAAUGAGAAUUGUCUUCAUUGAACAAGCACACUUCUUUCAGUAGGAAAGACAUUUGUUUUGCUGUUUAUCACAGUGCAGUGUCACUGCCUCUCUAACUGGAGGUCCCAUGGAGUAGCAUUUUGUAAAAGAACAUCUUUGGAUGUGCUGUGGACUACUUAAACUAAAGACCUUUCAUUGUGUGGGGAGAUUUUUUUUUGGGGUGGGAGGGUGAACUCUAAUGCUCUUUUCUUUAAGGGAGGGGGGACAAUUUCUUUAAUGGGUUUUGCGCUACCUUGGUUUACAUCUAUUUAACUUGUAGAAAUUAUCCUCUUAAUUUUCCAUCUUUCAGAUGAAAAUGCAGGCCUUGACUUCUGGGGGGACAGGGGGUGAGCUAGAUCAGCUGCUCUGUUAUACAGGACAAAAACAGACAUCCUAAAACUGAUUUCCAUGGUGGGAGGGGGAAGAAGAGGAUAAAAACUGGCACACUGGAUCACAUCAGCUUUGGGAGAACUGGGAUUCACAAUUAGAUUCUGUUUUUUGCCUGGUUAAAUGCAGAUCUUUCUUACCAUAUCUGAAAUAAAACAUUUAAAGGUGCCAGAGAGCACCACCAUCUCAACUAGUACUGUGCUGUCCUUUAGGGAACCAGCAUAUGCUUCAUAUUUUAUGGUUAAAAAGGCACAAAAACAAUAGCAAUGAAAAGCAUUCCUUUGCUGCAUGCCAUAGAUGCUUUAAGCCCCUCCCUUCUUGGGGAGGGGAAGGGGCCUGUAGAUAAAAUACUUAAAUUGUAAAAUAUUUAUUUUUACUUAUCCUUGAUGUUAUAACUGAGGGAUUAUUGAUUAAAACAAAAAGAAAUGCGUCGAGACUAUCCACCUAAUUGUUACAAGUCUUCAUGACUAAGAUUGUAAAUACAGAUUAUUUAUUAACUCUGUUCUAUACUGAAACUAGAGUGUUUUUAGUUGAGAAAAAUCUUGUUUGGACCAGAUAGUGGUGAUGUAUUUGUUACAAAGAGCAAUUUUCCCAUAAAGGAUUUGAGGCAUAGGGAAAAGUGGCAGGGUUGAGAAUGGAACGUGUGUUUUCUCAGUCUGAGCUCAGUGUUGGCUUUUCCUUUCUUUGUGCAAGGCAGUUGGUAAUCUGGCAGGCAACUGUUCUGCAGUGUUAAAACUCAAGUCGUCUUAGGGCAUAGCAGUCCCUGUCUCAUCCAUAGUGUUAGAGAUGAGGGAAUACCUUUUACAUACGUUCUUAGCAGUUAGUGCUGUGGAAUGGAAUGUCUGCAGUGCUCUACCACUGGUCACUGCCUGUCACAAAAACAGUAUCUGCCCUGAGGAGGCUGCAGAAAGAGGCAUAAUGACCACAAUCAAUAUCUAUUCAGAAUUGCUAUUUGUGCCACUGCAUACUACACAUUGUAACUAACAAUGUGCAGCUACCAAGGAAGGAAUUCUUUACAGACUAGACAGGAUUUCAGCAGCCCCUUGUAGAAGAGGGAGAGGGCUUGAUGUACAUUAGCAGAUGACUGUUUCCCCAGUGGAAGGGGCAGCAUCCUUAUAGCUACAAUGUUUCCUCCAAAAAGGAAAAGAAAUGAACACAGUGAAAGUUUUACGUACAAAUAUUACCUCAUUGUUGUAUGACUGAGAAAAACCUUAGAAUCAAGCAGAGUUCAAAUGUCUAACAAACUUUAAAGCUACUGUAGUACUAAGAAGUUAAUGCUGUACAUAGUCAAAAAUUCUUUGCAGAAAAGUGUAUUCCCAGUAAGGAAAUGGCAUUGGAAUAAAUGCCAAAUACAAUUUCUAAUGUUGUGUUAUAUUUUUCUGUCAUCUUGUAUACCAUUGCUUGUAUUUUUAUAAAUUAUUUUUCUUGUUGCCAUUGUUAUAGUUAAUCACGUAAUGGUGUAGAUAUGCUAUUUAAAUAAUUUAUCAUGAAAUGCUACCUGUAGAGUUAGUAUUUCUAUUUUUAUAAAAUGUUUGCACACUGAACUGAAGAUUUUUUUUUGCUUCCCUCUUCCCCAUGUUUUUGCUAGCAUAAUUUUCUAAGAAUAUGCCUUUUUGUAAACAUUUUUAACCAUUUUCCAUUUUAAAGCUGUGUAAGUUGUACAAUAAAGCUUCUUACAUACAAGGAACAAUAAACCAACAUGAACAUUUAUAUUUA